AUGAGGAGCUUCAAAGGAAUCAACUUUGGGACCUUGCUAAGCAGCGUGAAGGAAGCUGAAGAGUUGCUGCCUGACUUGAAGGAGUUCCUGUCCAAGCUUCCAGCUGGUUCAUCCAGCUGCCGAUCUGAUGCCGAGAGGAGACAAGCUUGUGAUGCCAUCUUGAGGGCUUGCAACCAGCAGCUGACUGCCAAGCUGGCUUGCCCUAGGCACCUGGAGAGCCUGCUGGAACUAGCGGAGCUGGCUUACAAUGGCUACUUGAUGUCUACCCCCCAGCGCCCACCCCUGUACCUGGAACGAAUUCUCUUCAUCUUUUUGCGGAACAUUGCCACACAGGGAAUCCCAGAGGCCACGCUCCGAUUCGCAAAACCCCUUCAUGCCUGUUUGGUGCAUUGCUCUCGCCAAGCUGCUCCCCAGGACUAUGAUGCUGUGGCGCGAGGCAGCUUUUCUCUGCUUUGGAAGGCAGCAGAAACCCUGGAGGAGCGGCGAGCUGCAUUAUCAACUCGGCUGAAGGCCUUGAGCUUUCUUGUACUCUUGGAGGAUGAAAGUACCCCUUGUGAGGUUCCCCACUUUGCUUCUCCAACAGCCUGUCGAAUGGUAGCUGCCCAUCAGCUAUUUGAUGCCACUGGGCACAGUCUGAAUGAAGCCGAUGCUGAUUUCCUAGAUGAUCUGCUCUCCAGGCAUGUGAUCAAAGUUUUGGUGGGUGAGGGAGGGGGUUCUCCUGGUCCUCUUUCUCCCCAGAGGGCCCUCUGUCUCUUGGAACUCACCCUGGAACGUUGCCGUCGCCUCUGCUGGAGUGGCCACCAUGCCAAGGCCACGAGAGUAGUGGAGAAGACCCAUGAUUACCUAAGGAACACCAGUCUGGCCCCCAGCCUCCAGUUAUGCCAUCUUGGGGUUGAACUGCUACAGGCUGGGGAGGGAGGAUCCCAGGCACUGGCCGAGCUUCUGAUCAAGGCAUCAGCUGUCCUGAACAACAGUGUGGAGGCACCAUCACCCCCAUUGCGGGCAUUAUGUGACAGCUGCCAGUUCUUCCUCUCAGGACUGGAGCGAGGCAUCAAGAGACGCUAUGGACUGGAUGCUGUUCUGGGCCUCUUUGCUUUUCUUGGCGGGUACUGCUCUCUCAUCCGGCAGCUGCAGGAUGGUGUCUGUGGGGAUUCCUCCAAGCAGCAGCAGUCUCUGGUUCAGAUGCAAUUUCAGGGACUUCACCUCUACACUGUGGUGGUUUAUGACUUUGCGCAAAGCUGUCAGGUAACUGAUUUGGCUGACCUGGCCCAGCUGGUGGAAAGUUGCAAAUCUACUGUGGUCUGGAUGCUGGAGGCCUUACAGAGCCUGUCAGGCCAAGAGCUGACUGACUACCUGGGCAUGACUGGAGAGCGGCAUUUGGUCUCUGCUUUCUAUGGUCAGUUGCACAGGUGCUUCCGGCUGCAUGGAGAGAGUUUGAAGAAACUGGGUAAACAGGCCCAGGGCUGCGAGAUGGUGACUUUGUGGCUGACAGCCCUGCAGCCCUGUGGCCCCCAACACAUGGCUGAGCCUGUCACCUUCUGGGUUCGGAUCAAGAUGGAUGCAGCCAGAGCAGGAGACAAGGAGCUACAGCUGAGGACUCUGCGAGACAGCCUGAGUGGCUGGGACCCAGAGACCCUGGUCUUCCUGCUGAGGGAGGAGCUGCAGGCCUAUAAGGCUGUGCGAGCGGACACAGGGCAGGAACGGUUCAACGUCAUCUGUGACCUGCUGGAGCUGAGCCCUGAGGAGACACCGGCUGGGGCCUGGGCUCGAGCCACCCACCUGGUGGAACUGGCUCAGGUGCUCUGCUACCAUGACUUUGCCCAGCAGACCAACUGCUCUGCCCUGGAUGCUAUCCAGGAAGCCCUACAGCUUCUGGAGUCUGUGAGGCCUGAGACCCAGGCCAAGGAUCGGCUUCUGGAUGAUAAAGCACAGGCCCUCCUAUGGUUCUACAUUUGUACCCUGGAGACCAAAAUGCAGGAAGGUAUCGAGCGGGAUCGGAGAGCCCAGGCCCCUAAUAACCUGGAGGAAUUUGAAGUCAAUGACCUGAACUAUGAAGAUAAACUCCAAGAAGAUCGUUUCCUAUACAGUAACAUUGCCUUCAACCUGGCUGCAGAUGCUGCUCAGUCCAAAUGCCUGGACCAAGCACUGGCCCUUUGGAAGGAGGUGCUUACAAAGGCACAAGCCCCCGCUGUACGGUGUCUCCAGCAGACGGCAGCCUCACUGCAGACCCUAGCAGCCCUCUAUCAGCUGGCGGCAAAGCCCCUGCAGGCUCUGGAGGUCCUCCUGCUCGUACGGAUCGUCUCCCAGAGACUGGAGGACCACGCGAAGGCAGCCGGCUCCUCCUGCCACGCCAGCCAGCUGCUCCUGAUGCUUGGCUGUCCCAGCUAUGCCCAGCUAUACCUGGAAGAGGCAGACUCAAGCCUGAAGCUUCUGGAUCACAACACUGACACGUACCUGCUCCUUUCGCUAACCUGUAACCUACUUCGAAGUCAGCUCUACUGUGUUCACCAGAAGGUGACUGAGGGUGCCUCUCUCUUGCUGUCUGUGCUUCGGGACCCUGCCCUCCAGAGAUCAUCCAAGGCCUGGUACUUGCUGCGUGUCCAGGCCUUGCAGGUGGUGGCAUCGUACCUUAGCCUCUCAUCAGACAGCCUCUCAGCCUCCCUGCGGGAGCAGCUCUGUGCCCAAGGCUGGCAGACGCCUGAGAUUGCACUCGUCGACUCCCAUAAGCUCCUCCGAAGCAUUAUCCUCCUGCUCCUGGGCAGUGACGUGCUCUCGAUUCAGAAGGCGGCUGUGGAGACCCCAUUUCUGGACUAUGGUGAAAAUCUGGUACAAAAAUGGCAGGUUCUGACAGAGGUGCUGAGCUGCUCAGAGAAGCUGGUCUCCCGCCUGGGCCAUCUGGGUUGUGUGAGCGAAGCCAAGGCCUUUUGCUUGGAUGCCCUGAAACUUACGACGAAACUGCAGCUACCACACCAGUGUGCCCUGUUCCUGGUGCUGAAGGCGGAGCUGGAGCUGGCACGCACUGACAUUGACCUCUGUGAGUCGGACCUGCAGCAGGUUCUGUUCUUACUGGAGUCUUGCACAGAGUUUGGCGGGCUAGCCCAGCACCUGGACUCAGUGAAGAAAGUCCACCUGCAGAAGGGCAAGCAGCAGACCCGGGUCCGUCGUCCUCCAGAGCUCCCUGAAGAGGAGCCCUUCCUAAGAGGCCCUGCCCUGGAGCUGGUAGCCACUGUGGCCAAGGAGCCAGGUCCUGUGGCACCUUCUACGAACUCCUCCCCUGUCCUGAAAGCGAAGCCCCAGCCCAGCCCCGGCUUCCUGACCCACCUGCCCACGUGUGACUGCUUGCUCUGUGCCAGCCCCGUGCUCUCGGCAGUCUGUCUGCGCUGGGCAUUGGUCACAGCGGGGGUGAGACUGGCUUUGGGCCAUCAGGCCCAGGGUCUGGAUCUGCUGCAGGUCGUGCUAAAGGGUUGCCCUGCAGCCACUGAGCGCCUCACCCAAGCUCUACAAACUACCCUGAAUCACAAAGCACCUCCCUCCCCUGUCCCGAGCCUCUUGGAUGAGAUCUUGGCUCAGGCCUACACACAGCUGGCACUGGAGGGGCUGAGCCGGCCAUCACACAAGAGUCUGGGGAAGGUCCUGGAGUCGGGGCUGAAGUUUGUGGCAGCACGAGUACCCCACCUGGAGCCCUGGCGAGCCAGCCUGCUCUUGAUUCGGGCCCUUGCAAAGCUGGCCGGCCUCAACUGCUGCACUACCCAACUUUUUGCAAGCUCCUGGGGCUGGCAGCCACCAUCAGUAAAACCCUCCCCAGGCUCAGAGCCCUCUAAGCCGCGAAGCCAAAAACUUUCUGGAAGGGGGCGUCAGCGGGCAGCCUCAUCUACCCAGCACCUCCAUAAUACCUCUCUGAAAAGUCUGGAAGGUGGAGGACUGCCCUGUACACCGAAGCCCCCAGGCCAGGUCAGGCCAGCAGGCACUCGAGUCCCUUUUACUGUGUUUGAGGAAGUCCUCCCUACAAAGAGCAAGCCUGAGGUUCCCAAGGCCCCUAGAGUACAACAGAGGGUCCAGACGCGCCUCAAGGUGAACUUCAGUGAUGACAGUGAUUUGGAAGACCCUGUCUCAAUUGAGGCACGGCCUGCAGAGGGGCCCAAGAGACGGGGCACUGCUUCCCGGGGCCGGGGCCGGGGCCAGGCUAGGAAGAACCCGAGCCUGAAGACAGUUGCAGUGGCAGCCUCAAGUAGUGCCCCUGGGCUCCCAGGCCUGGGUGGUAGGAGCCGGAGGGCCAAGAAGGUGACAUCAGGACACUGUGAGGAGCUGGGCUCUGAGAUCAUGAGGACCAUCCCUGAGGAGGAAAUGACUGACAACCAGAUGGAAAUGAGCUUUGAGAUCCUCAGGGGCUCUGACGGGGAAGACUCAGCCUCAGGUGGGAAGGCACCAGCUCCAGGACCUGAUACAGCCAUAGGAGAAUGUGAAGUGUUGAGACGUGAUUCCAGUAAAGAGGAGCUGCCGGUCCCAUGCCCAGACAAGGAGAGAGACAAGGGUCUUGGUCCUCGGCUCCGACUCUCCUCUGCCCCUGUAGCCAUUGGUCUCUCUACCCUGGAUUCCAUCUGUGACUUAUUGACCAUUGCUUUCCGUGGGGUUAGUCAUUGCCCUCCUAGUGGACUUUAUGCUUACCUCUGCCGCCUCCUGGCUUUGUGCUUGGGCCACCGGGAUCCCUGUGCCACAGCCUGCCUUGUCACUGAGUCUGUGUCCAUCACCUGUCGCCACCAGCUGCUCACCCACCUCCACAGGCAGCUCAGCAAGGCCCAGAAGCACCGGGGAGCACUCGAAAUGGCAGACCAGGUGCAGAGGCUGAGCCUGCAGGACAGGCCUGGAGAUGUCCCCCUGGCCCGCAUCCAGCACCUCUUUUCCUUCAGGGCUUCAGGAUCUGGUCAAUUCCCUGAGCCUGAGAAGGAGAGUUUCCAGGAGCGCCUGGCUCUGAUCCCCAGCGGGGUGACUGUGUGUGUGUUAGCUCUGGCCACACUUCAGCCUGGAACCGUGGGCAACACCCUCUUGCUGACCCGGCUGGAAAAAGACAAUCCCCCAGUCACUGUGCAGAUCCCCACCGCCCAGAGCAAGCUUCCUCUGAGUUCGGCCCUGAAAGAGUUUGACACCAUCCAGAAGGAACAGAAAGAGAACAGCAGCUGUACUGACAAGCGAGAAUGGUGGACAGGACGGCUAGAACUGGACCAUAGGAUGGAGGCUCUCAUCAUUUCCCUAGAGAAGCAUAUAUUGGGCUGCUGGAGGGGACUGUUGCUGCCAUCCAGUGAGGACCCUGGCCCUGCCCAGGAGGCCUCCCGCCUACAAAAGUUGCUGCAGGAAUGUGGCUGGGAAUAUCCUGAUGCAGCUCUGCUGAAAACCAUGCUCAGUGGUGCCAGUACCCUCACCCCUCAGGACAUUGAGACCUUGGCCUAUGGGCUGUGCCCAGCCUGGCCAGAACGAGCCCAAGAGCUUCUGAGUGAGGCAGUACGACGUCUUCAGGGUCAGACAGUACCAAGCAAUAGGCAUCUUGUCUUAGUGCUAGACAAGGACCUGCAAAAGCUGCCAUGGGAGAGCAUCCCCAGUCUCCGGGCACUGCCUGUCACUCGGCUGCCCUCCUUCCACUUCUUGCUCAGCUAUUCCAUCAUCAGAGAGUCGGGGGCCUCGGCAGUGCUAAGCCAAGGGGUGGAUCCACGCAAUACCUUCUACGUCCUGAACCCUCACAAUAAUCUGUCAAGCACAGAGGAGCAAUUUCGAGCCAAUUUUAGCAGUGAAGCUGGCUGGAAAGGGGUGGUUGGGGAGGUGCCGAGCCCAGAACAAGUGCAAGCAGCCUUGACAGAGCAUGACUUAUAUAUCUAUGCAGGGCACGGGGCGGGUGCCCGCUUCCUGGAUGGACAGGCCGUCCUGCGGCUCGGCUGCCGGGCAGUGGCCCUGCUGUUUGGCUGCAGCAGCGCAGCCCUGGCUGUGCAUGGAAACCUGGAGGGGGCUGGCAUCGUGCUCAAGUAUAUCAUGGCUGGCUGUCCCCUGUUUCUGGGUAACCUCUGGGAUGUGACUGACCGUGACAUUGACCGCUACACGGAGGCUCUGCUGCAGGGUUGGCUUGGAGCAGGCCCAGGAGCCCCUCUUCUCUACUAUGUCAAUCAGGCGCGCCAGGCUCCCCGACUCAAGUAUCUUAUUGGGGCUGCACCUGUGGCAUAUGGCUUGCCUGUCUCCCUGCGGUGA